AUGGGUCAUUUACAAAAUUUCGUAAAUAAAUUUAUAGAAAAACAUGGUAAUGAAACUGAAGUUUUAAAUGUGAAAUCCGUCACUUCCGCAUAUACUUAUGACGGUGUGGACGUUUGUGGAGAGAGAAUUGCAUUAGAGAUCGUUAAAAAACUUGCAUCAUUCAAAAAACAACACGACAACACCAAAAAAAUCACCAAAAUUUCUUUCAUUGGAUAUUCAUUGGGAGGUUUGAUGGCAAGAUAUGCCAUUGGAAUUCUUUAUAAAAAUGGAAUCUUUAAUGAAAUUACUCCAAUGCGUAGUGAUGAUAGAUAUUUGACAAAAGUUAUUAAUUGGACGACUUCAAAUUUGAUGUCUAAUUCUGGCGAACAAUUGCAAUACAUUGAUAAUUUUAAAAACAUGAAUGAACCACUUUUAUAUAUUUUAUCUAAUCCAAAUAAAAUAUUUUACAAAGCUCUCACGAAAUUUAAGAAAUUAGUAUUAUUUGCUAAUGGUAUAGAUAUAAUAGAUAUGAUUUCUCUUCAAAAUAAUAAUGAUGAUGAUGAUAAUGAUUCCAUUUCUUUAGAUUCCUAUGAAGCCACGAAGCAUGAUUCAUCAUUUAAAAAACAACUUCCUAGAUAUUUACUUUUUGCAGCAGCAACUCCAUUUUUAGUUUCAUUCGGUGUACCAAUCAUUUUUGAAUUUGAUAAUUAUGAUGAUUUUAGUUAUGUUAAUGUAAAAAAUAGGAUUAAAAUUAAUGAUGAAAAUGAUGGAAAUAUUGUUAAUGGAACGAAUAAUGGAAUUAGUGAUGGAGAUAAUAAUAAAAAUAAUAAAUUUAUGAAUAAAAUAACAAAUGUAGAAAAUGAAAUUAUUGAAGUUUUUCGUCCAGUUAAUAUAUCGGAGCGGCAAAAGGAAAGUUUACAUAAUCUAAAUACCUUAAAUUGGAAUAAACAUAGUUUAUUAAUAGAUUCAGUUCAUCCUCAUGCUGCUAUUAUAUGUAGAAAUAGAUUAUAUCAAGGUGGUCAUGAACUUAUUAAUUAUUUUCUUGAGAAGAUUUUUGAAGUUUGA